UCUAGUGCCCUUCUCUCCUAAAAAGGACACUAGAAAUGGUGACAGGGACUUACCACAGCCCAAAUUUCAUUUGCACGCAACUACAGUGGUCCAUUGUUGUAUCGCUGGAGGAGAGAAACAAAUUACCCUUCAUCAGAGGAUGCAUCAGAGGGAGCAAUUGUUCGACGGGGACUCUUUAAGGUGACUUCAGCUGAACUCAGUCCCAAGGGACUCACGGACUUCAUGUUUAACCCGAUUACCGGAGGUACAACGAGUCCAACAUCUCAAAACCCUACAGUUAGUGCAGUUCUCCCAUCUCUACAAAGCAUUUUGCAACAGAACACAAUGCAAAGGGAAGAAAUCAUUAGACUAAUCAAACUUUUGGAGCAAAGUUCUGGUAAGCUUGGGGGUUUGACGGAGUCGGGCAUCAAUGUCCUUUUGCAGAUAGCACCUUCCUCUUCAAGGGAGAGAGAACUACAAUUCCAGGUGCUUCAGUUGCAACAGAGUAUGGGGAACCUCAGUGAGGAAUUGCAGAGACACAAAAUGAAGAACAUGCAGUUAAAGAAACAAUUAAAUGCAUUGGCCAACGACACAGAGUGAAGUGUACACCGUGUGCCCGGCGCCUCUGAAGCUGGACUCCUGCAAAUUUUGAGACGCUAUUGCUUGAAUCUCAGUCUCUGGUAACUUUGCUGUAUUUAUUGACCUCCAUAUUAUAUGUACAUUUACUAGAAUGUUAAAGCUGUAUUUUCAG